CGCAGAAAUAACGUUGACUCCUCGUUGGACGUUUCCAAUCUUGUUCCGAAUUCGCCCCUAGUGUUUGUGUCGAAUGCCGCGGUAGUCUUUCCCUCUGUUUUUCUUGUAAUUGCAAGUAUUUUAAACCAGCUGACGUCGUAGAUUUGGAGCAAGGCUUGAGUCAAAAACAUGAGCAGCUCGGAAGAAGUGUCGUGGAUUUCUUGGUUUUGUGGUCUUCGUGGAAACGAGUUUUUUUGUGAGGUUGAUGAAGACUACAUUCAAGACAAGUUUAAUUUAACAGGAUUAAAUGAACAAGUGCCCCAUUACAGGCAGGCCUUGGAUAUGAUAUUAGAUAUGGAGCCAGAUGAUGAACUAGAGGAUAAUCCCAAUCAGAGUGAUUUGAUUGAACAAGCAGCUGAAAUGUUAUAUGGUCUGAUUCAUGCUCGUUACAUAUUAACCAACAGAGGGCUUGCACAAAUGCUUGAAAAAUAUCAGAAUGGUGAUUUUGGACACUGUUGUCGAGUUUACUGUGAAAAUCAAGCAGUCUUACCAAUCGGUUUGUCUGAUGUACCUGGAGAGGCCAUGGUAAAACUAUACUGUCCAAAAUGUAUGGAUGUUUACACACCCAAGUCAUCUCGGCAUCACCAUACAGAUGGAGCAUACUUUGGCACAGGUUUCCCUCACAUGCUGUUUAUGGUCCACCCAGAGUACAGACCAAAAAGACCUAACAACCAAUUUGUACCAAGAUUAUUUGGAUUCAAAAUUUCACCCAUGGCUUACCAGAUCCAGGAACGAGCCGCGGCCCAAAGAGGACGGUCGGCAUCUGCCCGUCCACGAUCAACCAAACCACACUACAAAUAAGAGCAAUUUAUUUUUCUAUCUUGCUUGUUUGUUUUAGUUUUUGUUUAGUGCUCUGCCCAAUUCUCAAAUACCUUAAUACACAACACAUCGGAAAAUCAUUAUUUGAUAGACGACUUUCUUGCUAUGUUAUCAACUGUUCAAAAGUGUAGGUAACCUAAUAGAGAUAGCGAUAACCUUGUAUGACGAUUUUUAAUCUGUAUGGCUCUUCUAGAUGGAGACACAUCACACAAUGCAGCAAAACAUGUAUAACUGCCUGCCGUGACUGUGCUGUACUCCAUCACUAUUCCCCAUCCCUCCCCUCCCAGGGAUCUAAUGGAGGAUUUUAGUAGAUCAAUUUUAAGGUGCACGUAACUGUGCUGUUGAGCAAUUUUUACUGGCAGUGAAUUGUAGUGAUCUUCAUCAAAUUCUAAUGCAAGGUUUCCAUAUAACUUUGGUAUUGUAAUAAUUAAUAUGCAAAAAAAGUGUAUGUACAGCUUCAAAAGAAUUCUUUGAUCGAUAAAAAAAAAUAGAGCAAACAAGCUAUGUAUAUAUGUAACUUGGGGAGUUGCAGAUUUCUUCUUAGUACAGUUUCAACAAACACAAAGCACAAUUAUUAAGUAAAAGUUAUUGUUGUGCAUACUGCAUGAAAGAAAUAAAGUUAUUUGUUUUUUGUUGUCUUGA